UCAAUAACCAAGAGGAACUCUGGUUCCGCCCAACGUCUCAAUCCCGUCGGGCGAAGAUUCGUGCAAGACGAGGCGAAGGAUAUUCGGUGCAAGCCGCAAGUUGGAGAUUUUUGGCCGAGUGCCCGCCAUCCAUUGAUUAUGCGAUUGUUGUUCCGGGCCAUCCUCUGUCUCACCCUCAUUACCGCGGCCCAACUUGUGACCAGACCCGCCAGAUCUUUGUCGUUUCGGAAGGGCAGCUCCUUUUUUUACAGGGUGAACUUCAAGAUCACGAUGUUCCCUUACACGACCAUCUUCUCGCACGCGGCUGGUUUCAAGCUGGUGUGGCUACUUCCAAGCGGGUCCGAGAUUACCAGGCUCGUCAGGUCCGUCGACGACGUUCACCAGGCCGCCGAGAUCGUAUACGAGAGCCACGGAUUCGACGGGAGAUCGUGCCUGUUGAAGAACAUCUGUCAAGCGAUGGAGUACGUGAGCCGGAGGGACGGAGUGAUCGCGAAGAUAUUGAAAUUGUUGGCCGGAUCGUACAACGGUACCGCGGAUAAUCCUGUUUACUGCGACGUCCACGUCAGACGUUGCCUCCUCGACUUGAUCGGCGUCGACUAUUUCACGGGCCGAUGAAUCGGCGAAACGCUGUCUGAACGCUGGUUGACAAAUAUCCGAUAUUCCGGAUAUUUUUCAUCCACGAAAUUAUUAACUUCGAUUAAAUUAAUAAAAUUUCAUUCUCGGUACAGAGAUUUGACAGGAAUCAAUCGAUUAAUUGACAUUUAUCCAAAUAUAUAUAUAUAACACCUCUUCCUGUUAAUCAGGCGAUCCUGGAUGGGAUGGUUCCAUGGCAAACCUAUCCCCGUCCGAACGGAGAGAGUAAAAGUAAAAGUACAACCGAACCGUGAAAUUUUCUUAUUUCUCUGGAUACCGUCUGAGGGGAGGGCGAAAAGGGUGGUGUCCACAUUCCUCCGUGGACAAGAACGGUCGUAUAAUUGCAUCCGUGUCGAGGGUGGGGAGCGGCAGCGACGCGUUAACGAAAAGCAUUAAUUUAGAACUGUCCUGCGGUUUUCUUCCCCCUUCCGUGGGGAGGGGAAGGAGGCGGAGGAGAAGGUGUGCGUGGGCGCAACUCCCAUAUGCAAUUAACAGCAGCUCGUUCCGCCGCUAUGACCCGCGAAAUGAGGAAAUAAGUGUCGCCCCGGUGAAAAAGGGCACUUCUCCUCCCUCUCCUCCACGUCGUCCAGUUUUUCGAGAGAGAGAAAGAGAGAGAGAGAGAGAGCAAGCAUUCUGGAAGACAGUGUGAAUUAAUAUAAACGCGCAUUUAAAAGUACAAUGAGCCACCUUUCGUGUCUCUCUCUUUCCUCUCUAUCUCUCUCUCUCUCUCUCUUCUCUUACACAUCAUAUUUCAAGCAAUCCUCGCCUGUCUUGGUUCCGAUCGUCCUCGCCAUC